UGCUAAGUAAAUUAUGUGAUUAAACCAGAAUCUUCAAAAUUAAUUUAUUAUAAUUUAAUACAAAUGAGUUUAAUUAAUUUUAUUACAAAUAAACAAAUAAAAAAUGGCUGUUGAACAUAGAUCCACUGAUAGUAAACAAUGGCGGCAGAUUUAUACAAUAUUCACAGUUUCUUUAAAUACAAUUACAACCGGUCAAUUUAUGUCAUGGCCAUCACCUACAAUCCCAAUUCUCCGCCAACAAGGCGUGUCAAUGGAAGAAGCCACCUACUUAACAAUAAUUCCACCUGUGACAGCCAUUAUUGCAAGUCCAUUAGUUGGUAAAUUAAUAGACUGGAUCGGAAGACGUCCUGCAAUUUUAAGUGUGACAAUAUCAUACUGCAUCUGUUGGAUACUUAUUGCAUUAGCUGCUAAUACAACAAUAUCAACAACAGACUUCACCUUCUGGUACCUCCCACGCCCCCUCUACAUCUACUACACAGCACGUGUAUUCAACGGAAUAGGUGACGCCUGUGUCUUCACGACAAUCCCAUGUUACGUCACUGAAAUAUCCACGCCAUCUAUUAGAGGAACAUGGGGAACCAGUGUUGCAUUUUCAAUCUUCAUCGGACAGUUCUUAGCUAAUAUCAUAGGAGCAUAUCUCUCAAUUGCCCACACAGCAUACUUAAGUCUACUUAUCCCAGUAAUGUUUCUUUUAAAUUAUUAUUUCAUCAAAGAAACACCGUAUUAUUUAUUGAUGAAAGGAAGAGUUGAUGAUGCACGCUCCUCCCUUCAAUGGUUACGAAAUACUAGCGCCACCUAUGUAGAGGAGGAGCUUACACAACUCAAUAAUGACGUCCAACGUCAACUGUCAGAACCUGGACGUUAUUAUGACCUCAUAAAAAUAUCAUCCAACCGAAAAGCUUGUUUGAUUGGAAUACUCACCAGAGCAUGCCAACAAUUUUCCGGAAUAAACGCUUUUACAGUCUAUGCGCAGACAAUAUUCAUGGAAUCCGGAAGUGAUCUAUCUCCAAGCAUGUCCGCCAUUGUAUUCACAGGCAUUUUACUUAUAUGCACAUUUGUUACAUCUUUUAUUUUGGAUAUUCUUGGACGUAGGAGAGCUAUGUUGAUCAGUUGUACCGGAAGCAGUGUAGUUUUAUUCAUACAAACAGCAUUCUUUUAUAUACAGGAUGAAACAGAUAUAACCUUAAAUGGAUUUCAAAUGUUUCCGUUGAUAUCAAUGGUUAUAUUCGUGAUAUUCUAUUCAAUUGGAUUGGGACUGGUUCCUACUUCAAUUUUAGGUGAAUUGUUUUCAUCCAGUGUGAAGAGUAAAGCAUUUGUGGUUAUGAAUAUAUUUUAUGGAUUUUCCAUGGCGUCUUCUGCGAUGGUUUUUGCGUUUUGUUUGGAUAUAGCUGGGUUAUACGCUGCGUUUUUGUGUGUAGCUAUUUGUAGUGCGAUAAGUAUCCUGAUAAGUUAUUGGUUUGUACCGGAAACCAAAGGGAAAACUCUUGAAGAGAUUCAGCAGAGUUUUAAGAAAUAAUUGUUAUUAAAUCUUUUAUUUUAUUUUUUUUAAUUAUUAAAAUUUUAUACACGUGGACACGUGGUUGUCACUAAAAAUAUCUUACUUACUCGUACUUAUCGUAGUAAAUAAUUGUUAUUGUAGAAUAGUUGCGCUGAUAACUGAAAAUACUCCAAUUAGUUUUGUUUUUGAAAUUUUUUAUGUUUGCAAUUAUUAUAAGAAACCGACGCAUUGUUAUUGAUCAAUCAGUGACUAACUUCUAUUUAUACAAACAACACUUUAAACUGAAUUCACAGUUUUUGUCAUUCAAAUAAAAAUGAGAUUUUUUAUCAUG